AAUUUUUUGUGUAUAAAUACCUGCACCUGAUACCUGCAUAUCACACCUGUGCACAAUUGUCUGAUGAUCUUGUGGUGACCAAACACAAAGACAAGAAUGCAGACCGCAACAAUAACUCUCCUGGUCACUGCUGCAGUCCUCUGGAGCAAAACUGAAGCUUUUUCAGACACAGCUGUGGAUUGCUGUCUGACCACCAAGGACACUCGUAUUCCAAUGCAGAUCGUUGUAUCUUACUUUCACCAAACCACAGAAAGUGGUUGUGCCAUUCCAGCCACUGUGUUCAUCACAAAAAAGGACAAGAAACUGUGUGCUCCACCAGAAAAAAACUCCUGGAUUACCAAGAUCAUCACACACUUAGAGAAGAAGAAGACAGCUUCUCAAUAGGAACACAGAUGGGAGCUGACCCCGAUGAUCCUGUAAAUGCACUAGACGACACUUAAAGACAGGAAGUGAUCGUGAAUCAUGAGCUGCCAUGAACGGUGUUUUUUAAAAAGUUAUUUGCAAAGUACUUUGGAAACCAUGCAGAUCUGGGGAAUGCGUGGUGGCCAGACUUUGUAAAUGGUUAAAAGCAGAUAUGCUAUUUGUCUGUGUUUGUAUUGUUUUACUGUAGCAAUUAUGAUUAUCAUACAUUUGCAUGAAUCGUCCUGUAAGCUGUGCAUGUAUUUUUAGAAAGUCUGUUAAUGUAUGGAGAAUAGUUUGCUGUGAGCGGAAUGUUUUCUGAGAAUAAUUUUCAAAUAAAUUCAUUUUGUUAAAA